CCGGCGGGCGGGCGGCCGGGGAGGUGGGGCGGCGGGAGGCGGCGGCCGUUUGGGCUCAGCCCAUCCCGCAGCUGCGGCGGCCGGGAGAGCGGGCGGCGGCGGUCCUCCGAGCCGGCUCCUGACAGCCCCCGCCGCUGCCCAAUCUGUCACUCGGUCCCGGUGGUUCCGCCGGGUGGGGCCGGCCUCGCCCGCCGCCGCGUCCGCUGCCAUGGCCCUGGUGCGGGGCGCCGAGCCGGCGGCGGGGCCCUCCCGCUGGCUCCCCACGCACGUCCAGGUGACCGUGCUGCGGGCCCGCGGGCUGCGGGGCAAGAGCUCGGGCGUGGGCAGCACCAGCGACGCGUACACGGUGAUCCAGGUGGGCCGCGAGAAGUACAGCACGUCGGUGGUGGAGAAGACCCCGGGCUGCCCCGAGUGGCGCGAGGAGUGCUCCUUCGAGCUGCCGCCCGGCGCCCUGGACGGCCUGCUGCGGGCGCAGGAGGCCGAGGCCGGCCCGGCGCCCUGGGCCGCGGGCUCGGCCGCCUGCGAGCUGGUGCUCACCACCAUGCACCGCUCGCUCAUCGGCGUCGACAAGUUCCUGGGCCAGGCCACGGUGGCGCUGGACGAGGUCUUCGGCGCAGGCCGCGCCCAGCACACACAGUGGUACAAGCUGCACUCCAAGCCAGGCAAGAAGGACAAGGAACGUGGGGAGAUCCAAGUGACCAUCCAGUUCACGCGUAACAACUUGAGCGCCAGCAUGUUCGACCUGUCCAUGAAGGACAAGCCGCGGUCCCCCUUUAGCAAGCUCAAGGACAAGAUGAAGGGCAAGAAGAAGUAUGACCUGGAGUCCGCGUCUGCCAUCCUCCCCAGCAGUGCCCUGGAGGACCCCGAGCUGGGCAGCCUGAGCAGGAUGGGCAAGGCCAAGGGCUUCUUCCUCCGCAACAAGCUGCGCAAGUCGUCCCUGACCCAGUCCAACACCUCGCUGGGCUCGGACAGCACCCUGUCCUCAGCCAGCGGGAGCCUGGUCUUUCAGGGCCCUGGGGCCGAGCUCCUCACCCGGUCCCCGAGCCGCAGCAGCUGGCUGUCCACUGACGGGGGCAGGGACACUGCACAGUCCCCCAAGUUGUUCACCCACAAAAGGACCCACAGCGACGAGGCCAGCCAGAUGCGAGCAGCUCCUCCCCGGGCCCUUCUCGACCUUCAGGGCCACCUGGACCCUGCCACCCGCUCCUCUCUCUGUGUCAAUGGAAGCCACAUUUACAACGAGGAGCCCCAGGGCCUCUUGCGGCACCGCAGCUCCAUCUCGGGCCCAUUUCCACCCUUCAGCUCCCUACACAGCGGUUCUUCUCGGCCCUCUGAGGAAGGAUCCCGGGCUGCAGAUGACUCCUGGGGCAGAGGCAGCCGCCGCACCAGCAGCUCAGAGGCAGUGCCUGGACAGGAGCUGAGCACUCAGGCUAAAGCGCUGGCCACUGAGGCCAGCCACUCUGGAGAGGAGGAGGGGGCCCAGCUCUCAGAGGGGAAGCCAGUGCAGGUUGCCACACCCAUGGUGGCCUCCUCCGAGGCUGUGGCGGAGAAGGAGGGAGCCCGGAAGGAGGAGCGGAAGCCCCGGAUGGGCCUCUUCCACCAUCACCAUCAGGGGCUGAGUCGGAGCGAGUUGGGGCGCCGCGGCUCUCUCGGGGAGAAAGGGGGUUCCACCCCCGGCGCCUCACCCCAUCAUUCAUCCACCGGGGAGGAGAAGGUCAAGAGUAGCUGGUUUGGCUUAAGGGAAGCCAAGGAACCAACUCAGAAACCCAGCCUGGACGUGUCUCCUCAGGUAGAACCUGACCCAGCUGCUCUUCCUCACCACCUCCCCUGCUCCCCCUGUGCUCCAGCCCCCCCCACUCCUGCUCCCACCGCUGCUCCCAUGCUAAGCACUAACCUUUUUGCAGCCGCCUCCCCCGCUGCAGCUGCCGCCACCGCUGCCCCUGAAGCUACCCCACCUGGAUUCUUGGGUCUCACCAACCCAUUCCUCACCUCCUUGCAGAGCAACCCUUUCUUCGAGGAACUCCUAGCCGACAAAGCACUAAACUUUCCUUCACCUGCUCCCUCUCUCCCCAGGGCCUCGAGGGCCGGUCCCACCCCCCUGGCCUCCCCUGGGAAAGCCCUGCCUGAGUGGGAAGACACCUUCAACGUCUUUGCUGCCAGCAGGCUGUGUCCAGAGGCCAGGAGUGAGAUCCUGGCCCCUGAAGGAGUGGGGCUGCAAGACCCAGGCCCUGGGGCCAUGGCAGUGAAGGCAGCUGAGCCCCCAGGGGGCCCAGGGGGAGGAGGAAGAGGUGGGAGCAGCGAGGGGCUGGAGUCCAGGGCUCCUCUGGACUUGGGACUGGACCACCAGAGUUUGAGUGCUGCCGCCCCGGGGCCCCUGGGGUCUGUAGAGGCCGGCCUGCCCUCCACGUCAGCCUUGCUGCACCCGGGAGCCUCAGACUCAGAAGCAGACAGGGAGCCGACGGCCCCAGGAGGGGAAGCAGGGCAGAGUCCAGCAGACAGUUCAUCUCUGUUUAGCUCCCCAGAAGUGAUCAGCGUGUGGGAGAGGCUGCCAGGCCCGGACGACGCCCCUGAGGGCCAGCGUGAGGAGGCUUCCAGAGGCAAAAGCCAGGUUUUGCAGGAGCUCAAUACGGUGGACGAUUCCUGGCCUUGGGAUGUGGUCACCCUUUCUCCUGCGGCUGAGAUGUCCUCACCAAUCACACGGGGAGAGUCUGAUGAACUGCCUCCUCCCCCCAUGAAGCCAGAGUCACCAAAGCCUGUGAGCCCCAAGGGGAACCAGGGGCUCUCCCAACUGGAGCUGGAGCCAGAGCCCAAACCCGAGUGGAUGUUGGACAAGGAGCUGCCGCCCAGCAUGCUGCCUCCCAAGCCACCUCGCCUCUUCAUACCCUCAGAUUUCCAGGAGGAGGAGGAGGCUGCAGGGGGGCUGAGUGGCAGGGGGGCAGAGACGGAAGGCGACGCCUUCCCAAGUGCGCUGGCUGCUGGUUCCCCGGAGGCCAAGGAGGACGGCCAGAAGCCAGGGUCCGAGUCUGACAGCUGUUCUUCCGGAACCCUGCUGGGUGAGCCAAGCCUGGAGGAGCCAGUGGAGGACGCCAGCCCUCCUGCGACUUUAUCUCUGCCCACCAGCUGCCCUGAGGGUCCUGCCCCCAUGCCCUCUCACUCAAAGAGCCUGGUUCUUCAGAGCCAGCAGAUCUGGGGGGCUCUGGAGAGAGGACAAGGCCCUGAGGCUCCUGAGGCCCAGAGCCAGGAACCAGCAGGAGAAGGGCUUGGACCCCUGCCGGGCAGCUCCCCCCAGCCUGACUUGUGGGCUUUGGAGGAGGAUGCCUUGAACCCCUUCUUGUCUCAGGAGAGCCGAGAUCCCCCCAGCCUCCCCUCCACAUCCCCUCCAGAGUCCAGGGAAUCAUCCAUCCACUCUGGACCAGAAGAGCUGCCCACACCCCCGGAGCCCACCUUUCCACCGCCCCCUCUCCCGCCCUGGGCCAGCCACUGCCACGGGGGGCCCAGUUCUCCAUGCUCUCCUUUGCCUGGAGCCUGGCCCCUGACCUCUUCCUCCCUGUCCCCCGGGGAGCCAGCCUCCCCCCCGGGGGGCUCCCCUGCCCCACUUGGGGAGGACCACGCUGCAGUCACCCCAGCCUCCCCGCUUGCGCUUCUGCCCUUGGAGACACGACCAGCUGAGGAACCACAGCCCAGUGACAGUCCCCACCCCGUGAAGCCGCUCAGUGCUGCCCCUGUGGAGGGCAGCCCCGACAGGAAGCAGCCCCGCUCCAGCCUGAGCACCGCCCUGAGCAGUGGGCUGGAGAAGCUCAAGACAGUCACGUCCGGCAGCGUGCAGCCUGUGGCGCCGGCCUCCCAGGUUGGCCAGACUGUGGACACCAAAAGGCUGAAGGAUGCCGGUGUGCUAGACCAGUCCGCCAAGUACUACCACCUGACCCACGACGAGCUCAUCGGCCUGCUCCUGCAGCGCGAGCGGGAGCUGAGCCAGCGGGACGAGCACGUGCAGGAGCUGGAGAGCUACAUUGACCGGCUGCUGGUGCGGAUCAUGGAGACCUCGCCCACACUGCUGCAGAUCCCCCCUGACCCCCCAAAGUAGCCCUCUCACCCCCACCCCCCAGGAGGGUGGGCGUGGACCCAUUGCUCAAGCAGGGCUCACAUCCUCCCUCCUGCUGAACUCACUCCCUGGGCAGGCACAGUCUGUCCUUGGUUGUUACCCCUGGCUCCCCCUCCCUCCUGCCUCAACUGGGGCUGCUGGAAGGAGGGCCUUUGGACUCCGAUUAGAGGUGGGUCUCACCCACCUGCCUGUUUUCAUACCCCUUAGCUUUGGGGGUUCCAGAAAUUAGAACAAAGAAUUUAACCCUCAAGACAGCAGGGGUGAGCUGCAAUUUGAUGUGGUAUCUGGGACAUACUUUAUUACCCCACAGGGAUGGUCAGCCAUUUCUCCCACAGCUAAACGCUUUUCCUCUUCAUCUUCCUCCAGCCCCUGGAGGGCUCCUGGUAUUACUAGGGCUGUGGCAGGGACCAAGCUGCCGAUUUGUCUGUGAGUUAUGGGCAACCAGGCACCUGCUCUUCAGCCUCAAGUCGUUCUCCGAGAACAAGGAGCCUGUAUGGUCUAGUGCAGCGGUCGCCAAUCUUUUGGACCUCACGGACCACCAGGGGUCCGCGGACCACCUGUUGGCCACCGCUGGUCUGAUGUCCUGUCUGCCAUGUCCUGAGUCUGUGUGUGUCCAGCUGUUUGAGAAGCAGACGUGGUGUGGAUAGAAGGAGAUACUGUGCAUUCUCCAGGCCACUCCCUGCCCCCCUCUUCACUGGUCCAUGGGUGUCAUGUGUGAAGGUGGGGAGAGCCCGGGCAGGUGUGGGCCCCUCCAGGCCUUGGGGCUUCGGGCUAUUUGUUGGGGAUCAAGCCUCCAUCCCUGUUCUUGUUGCCUGUCCAGAUGCCAAAACUCUGUGCUGCUACAGGAUUUGAACUUUUGGAAACUGAUUAAAACGUGCCUUUUGUGGUGGGGUCAGGGGCUUCUGGAUGUAGACCCCGCCCUCUGUUUGGCGCCCCUCUCCCUCCCUGUUGAGCACAAGGGGCUGGAUCUGGUAGGAUGCUAGGAACGGAAAUGGAUGAGGGGGCAGCCCUGUUGCUGCUCUGCCUUCCCCUAGAGUUAAUUUCAGUAAAGGGUCCGGCCAACCUGCUGCUGCCCCCUUUACCUACCUGCUGUCUUCUCUUACUCCCUCAACACCAAUAGUGGGGGUCCCGGGGGAAAAAAAAACUACAUUCUGGAAGUGGGAGGUCCACUCUGCCUAUACUUAGGAAAAAGCCUUCCCAUCUGUCCUCUACCUGCUGUCCCAGCCUGUCCCUUCCCCUAGCCUUGACUGGCUUGGCUGUAGUGCACUUUGAACGAAGUGUCUGCCCUUUGGCCCAGCGCUGGUUUGCUUGCAGAAAACAGCAGGCUUCCCCAUGGCAUCUGCAGGGGACCUUUGGUGGCUUGGGGCACCCUGCCUUAGCAAAGUUGUGGAGUGAGGAGGUGCUGAAGGAGGCAAGUUCAGACCCAAUAAGGAGGUAAGGGCUCCUCGGGGAUCCCUCUUUUUCUUGACCUGGCCUGUGGGGUCACUCUCUGGGAUGGCUCAGAAAGCCUCAGAAGGAGAUUUGCUCUAUGGAGGAUGUCUUCCACCAGGACAAAGCAGAGGAGCCCACAUAUGGGGGAAAGCCCCUUAACAUUAUCUACCUUAAACACUCAUUGAGGAGGAGGAAAGUGUCCACAGGCACCUAGGACUUUGGUCCUGCUUUUGGGGGGUCAUUGGAUGUUGGAUAUCGAAGGUAUCUCUUCUGGGGGAAGAGGGUCACUCCGCCACUGGGUAUUCCUCUGGGCUCUAGUCAGUCCCAGCCCUGAGGCUGACCUUCCACUCAUCUUUGUGAACUUCCAGAAAGCCCAGGCCAGGGAUGUCUCUGGAAGUUUGGAGUUGAAGCCCAGGUUCUUGUUGGAUGUUUCUGCUCCUGGCCAUGAGUUGGAAGGGCCGCAGGUGGGGUGGGCAGGGAGCAGGCACAGUUCUGCUUUGCCGUUUGUCUUCCUAGUUGUAACUCCUGUUUAUAAAGACCUUGCUCUUCAUGUUUCGAGCACUUUAUGAAGAAUAAAAAGUUCACAGACUGCA